AAACCGGGCCUCCUUAAAGGGUCUUCCGGGGGAAGGGCUCCCGGAAGCAGCCGACGGGACCAGGAGAGGCGGGAUGGCCCCCUCCGCCUGCAGGAGAGGAGACUGACCCUGGGCAGGCAGGGUGGAGGCGAAAACCCGGGUACGAGCUGCGUCCCAGACGGGCGAAUGGACCCCCUGCUUCUCUAGGACAUCUGAAGAGAGGGGGGCAGGCCAGACCCGUGGCACCAUGGACCCCUCCUCCGGCCUGGCCGUGGUCCACGUGGACUUCCCUGAGGUCACCACUGCCCUGCUGGAGAACCUCAACCAGCAGCGGGUGGAGGGCAAGCUGUGCGACAUCGCCAUCCACGUCCAGGGCCGCGUCUUCCGGGCCCACCGGGCGGUGCUGGCGGCCUCCUCCCCGUAUUUCCACGACCAGGUGCUGCUGAAGAACAUGACCUCCAUCGUCCUGCCCAGCGUGAUGGACCCAGUGGCUUUCGAGACGGUGCUGGCCUCGGCCUACACAGGGAAGCUGGCCAUGGCCUCUGACGAGAUCGUCAACUACCUGACGGUGGGCAGCGUCCUCCAGAUGUGGCACAUCGUGGACAAGUGCACGGAGCUGCUGAAGGAGCGGCGGGGGGCCCUGCUAGGGCCUUCCUCCUCCUCCUCCUCCUCCUUCCGGGCCCACUCCAGCCGCACCAGCGACAACCAGUCCCCCAGCAGCAGCAACUACUUCAGCCCGCGCGAUCUAGGUGAGGGGCCGGCCGAGCCGGGCAAGUACCAACCCCGGGGAGGGCUGGCCGGGGAGCGCGACGGGGGCUCGGAGGACCACGACGAGGAGGUCAUCUUCCAGGCCGAGAAGGGCCCCGCCGCCCGCUGCCCGGACCCCGACAGCGGGGAGCCCGGCAGCAGCGAGGGGCGCCGACCCACCUACAUCCGGCCCAGCAUCAUGCCCCAGAAGCAGUGGGUCUUCAUCAAGAAGGAGCGCUCCCAGGAGGACCUGGUGCUGACCUGCGAGGAGGACGAGGACCCCGUGGAGGUGGCGGGGGGCGGUCCCGCCCCGGAGGCGGCGCUCAGCAUCAGCGACGUGCGCACCCUGACGGACCCGGGCGGGAGCGGCAAGCUGGAGGAGCAGGUGAACUUCUGCGAGUCAUCGGAGGACUUCCCCUCGCCGUACGAGGGCCUGGAGGACGCCUCGCCCCUCCCGGGGGGCUCCUCGUCGUCCUCCUCCUCCUCCUUCGCCCAGCGCUCCCUCCUGCCCAUGGACAUGCAGGGCAACCAGAUCAUGAUCUUCCCCCCGCAGGCCGCCCCCGUGGAGCACGGGGCGGUGCAGCUGGCGGCCAGCUCGGGCGACGGCAACAAGAUCUUCAUGUGCCACUGCGGCAAGGCCUUCUCCCACAAGAGCAUGCGCGACCGGCACGUCAACAUGCACCUCAACCUGCGCCCCUUCGACUGCCCGGUCUGCAACAAGAAGUUCAAGAUGAAGCACCACCUGACCGAGCACAUGAAGACCCACACGGGGCUCAAGCCCUACGAGUGCGAGGUCUGCGCCAAGAAGUUCAUGUGGCGCGACAGCUUCAUGCGCCACAGGGGCCACUGCGAGAGGCGGCCCCGCCUGGGCGGCGGAGGGGGGGCGGCUGCGGGGGCGGGAGGAGGAGGAGGGGGAGGCCUCUCGGGCGCCCCUCCUGCCGCCUCCGGGCCCCCCAAAAAGGAAGCCUCUCCUUCCCGGAUCAGUGGGGAGGCCGACUGGGGCACGGGACGGUCGCCCCGGAGCGAACUGGGCUUCGCGGGGAGCAGUAAGAUGUGAACGGACUGGGUGCGUGGGGCCGACCCCUCCUGCAGACUCUCGUGACCCCAAUGGAUCCUUGGCCGCUUGAUGGGAUCCGGGACCUUCCCCCUCCCGCCUGGGGAGUAUAAGGACCCUCUCUGCUGCCCCAUCCCCUGGACAGCCCCCACCACCACCACCCCACCUCCGGCUGAGAGCAACAGGGAGCUGGGGCUUCACGGUGCCCAUGGUGGACCUGCCUCAGGACCCAGCACUGCAGACAUAAGAGGGGGGGGGGUAAGCCAGCUACAGGAUGCGGCCCCUGACCCCUUGCCUGGAUGCCGGACUCUCCUGGUUCUCUCCCUUUCUGUCUUCCGGGGGAGACGUGGGCUUUUUCGCUUCCCCCUCUGGGCUUUCUUCGGGGGAACCAUCCCCUCGGCCUUCUGUUCUUUGUUGACAUCCAUGUAUGUUGUUGUUGCUGUUUUUUCGGGGGGGGCGGAGGAUGUUUGUCUCAAGAGACCCAAACACUAACUCACUCACUCACUCCCCUCCUUGCUGCCUUUAUUACGUGCUGUCGUUCUUGGUGCGUGUGUGUGUGUGUGGGGGGUUCAUUCACAUAGCGGCCCCUCCCUCUUUGUGCCCAGUAGGUGGGUGGGUAGCUGAGUGGACAACGCAAGAGGUCCUGUGGCCAGUGUGGGGUGGCGAUGGAGGAGGAGGAGGAGUGGGGUGGAAAGACACACACACAUAAGGCUCGGAGCCCCUGUGCCAAGCGAGCUGAGGGACUGUGUGUGUGUGUGUGUGUCUUCAUGUCUUUGUGGGUGUGAAUGUGUGGCAUUGGUUUAAAACACCCAGAAACAGUCGGGCAGCCCAAACAAAGACUGGGGAACACCCCCCCCAGAGUGGCUUGUUGUGGGGAUGGGACCCAACCUCCUUCCCCCCCCCAGGAUAGGGAUCAGGCCGGGACUGACAGCUCUGUGGUUUGCAUUCCUCUGCACCCCCAUACAUCUGGGGUUCUUUCAUCAGCCCCUCCCUCCAUUACCCCCCCAUUCCCACUCCACAGCACCCGCUCCUGACCCCCAGUCUGCACACACCUCCAGAAGGCCAGCCUCUUACGUAGAUGGAGACUUUUGUUUUGUUUUAGUUACAGUACCGAACUUUGGUUGGAGGGCCAUUUAGAAAACAAACUUAUCUAUAAAUAUUUAUUGAUCAGGUCCUUGUGUGUCUGCGAGUGGUGGUCAUGGCACGUGUGGGGAGGGGCCCUCCACGUUUCGGAGGGUUAUAAAACUUGGUGUUACACAACCGGGGUCGGGCAUUCCUGGCCCCACACCUGCCCUGGGGAGGGGGGUGGAGGUGCUUUCGUAAACCCCCCCUUCCGGUCAACAGGCCUUUAAAAAGCAAGGCUCUGCAGGGUGACAACAGGCUCCUGUGUCGCGCUUGUGUUCCCUCGGCCUCUCCUGCCUGCUUUGGAAGAAGAAGUGUGGUGUGUGUGUGUGUCUCCCUCUCUCCUCCCCGCCCCAGCCGUCUCUCUCUUGAGGAUCCCCCCCCC